GCUGUCAGUCAGUUCAUCUCCGCGCGCGCGCUCCGUCAGGUUUUCCCGCUGCACGCGCAAACUCGGCUCCACAUCGGAACCUUAAACGAACCCGUUGAAACGUCCUUUUCGCCCAAAGAGAAGCAGUAACGGGAACAUGGAUAGUAUGAAGCUGACUGACUACCAGAAAGAAGUCCUGGAGGAUAAUUUCCAGAAACUCAGCAAGCAUCCGGACAGAACGACGCUGAUGUUGAUCUCGGUGGAGUGCGGACUGUCGGAAGAGGACACACAGAAAUGGUUUCUGCUGCGUAAUGCGAAGUGGAGGAAGGAGGAAGGUCUUCCACCUGAUCCGGGCUCGGUGCUGGACUGAGAUUGCAGAAACCUUCUGACCUCAGAGCACCCUCACCCCCAGCUGAACACCUAAGAUGACGGAAUUACCCUGUUCCCCCGCUGCAAAUGGACAUUCCCUCUGCUCAUCUGGCAUUUUUUUUUAAAAAGAUAUCUAUCUUUAAAGCUAUUUUAAUUGACAGAAUGUGAAGUUUGUUGUGAUUUUUUGUUUUUUGUUUUUUGCCUUUAUAACCCCCGUGUUUACAGAAAUAAACAUAUUAUGACUCUCAGUUACUGUGUCUGGGUCCACGGUUUGGACCGGCUCGGGAACCGUCUGGCUUUGUUCGGCUCUUUUGUUUUGUGUGUCUGUCAGCGGGGAGUGGAGCUGUUCACACGAGUACAAAAGGUUUAAGGAAGCGCUGAGGUCACAAUGUGUUGCGCUGGAAUCAGCCACUGACAUCCAGGAACUUCUAGGGACUAAUCUGGAACUUUUCCAGUACGGGGUCAGAGGGGGAGAACUGAAUGGCAUCAUGGGACAAAUAAAUGUCAGGUGAUGUCACUUCUUUGACCCUCUCGUGUGUGAGCGGCUUCUGUAAAGAGGAUGUGAUUUCACCAGGCCACAAAAUUCAAAAAAAUUCAAAAAAUCCAAAAAUUCAUAACUCUGUUAAAAAAACAUUGAAUUUCUUUCAUAUUUGAAAGCGUUAUGUAGGAUGGUAUCUUUUACCAACUGACAAAGUUUGAUCCACAUCUGAUGGAGAUUACAGAUUUUGUGGCCAUUUCAAUUUUACAUUGAAAACCCCAUUCAGUGUAUAUUUUACAUUAUAUGUUAAUCAAACCUGCCCCAAUCACUCUCAUAUUUGAAAGUGAGGUGUAGACCGACACUCAUUAUCACCCGACACAGCUUGAUCCAGAGCUGAUUUAGAUUGUGGAUUUUGUGGACAUUUUAAUUUAAUAUUGAAAAGCCCAUUUGAUGUACAUUUUGCAUUAUAUGUCAAUCAAAGUGCCUCAGUCACUCUCAUUUGUGACGAUGAGAUGCAAACUGGCACUCUCAGUGAAUAGACUAAGUUUGAGCCACAUCUGAUCCGUAUUGUGAAUGUAGCAGAUAUUUGAUGUUAACAUGGAAAAACCCUUUUGAUCUAUAUUUUGUGCUAUAUUUUAGCUUAUGAAAAAACACUUCUAACAGGACUUUGACCUUGAAAUUUUUUCCAAGGUAAAAAUUUGUGUAAUUGGAAAUUAGUGAUGGUGGAGGUUUAACUUUAAAAUAUUUUGUUUGUCUCUCUCUUUCUCUCUCACACACAUACAGACACUCAUUCACCUGUAUUACUAUGUACAAUUUCCAGGCAGCAAGAAAAUUGUAAAUACAUGAAUGUGUAUUAAAUUUGAUCAGCUCUC